CAGUAGAAAUAGGCCAGCAAACGGAAGUGUGUAUAGAGUAUCGUUUUAUAAUAGGAAAUAAUCACUCGGAGCGACGAGUCGAGUUUCCUUCUUAGAUAAAAGAAGAAAUGAAAUAAAACUGUCUGGUGGUUUUCUCAUUUUAAAAAUGGAGGAAACCAACAAGGAUGUUGUGCCCAUUGUUAUCUACCUGUGCAACUGAUGACCCAUUUUGAUUGUUUGUGAAUUUUGAUUUCCAUUGGAUGCAUCUGCUCGAGUGGAAAUCGAUUAUUUAUUGAUAUUUUCAUCAUUGAAUAAAGAAUUGCAAACAGGUCACAGACUCACAGGAGAUCUUUUCGCAACAUUUAGCAAAAUAGUUUCUUUAAUGUUGAAUAAAAUAUCGCCUCGCCUGCUGCAUUAGAGAGCAUACAUUUUUCAUCUUUUCAUCGUGUUAUCAGGAAACUUGUUUGUCUUUAAAAUAUAAAAGUAGAAAGAAAUGUUUUGUUUUAUAUAAAAGCUCUCGGGUAAACAGGGUGGGGGGGAAAGCGGUCGAUUGUAAAGACGUUUAUGAUUGUGACGUCAACAAGAUUACGAGCGCGCCCUGGUUGUAGCAGACGACAAUAAGACAAAGGCCAAGUUAGGCAGCCAUGACGAGGGGCUGGGUAAUGGCAUUUGAGUCCAACUACUGUGCUUCGUUGAACGCCGUCCAAGCGAAGAACCGACCGCGGUGGACGAAAUUAUCUGGCAGGUCGUAGAGGACGUUUUCCGUCAGAAAACGGUCCAACCCAAAACGAAUUUAGGAUGCUGACAAAGGAGUACCGCAUACCAAUGCCCAUCAGUGUUUCAGAGUACAAAAUAGGGCAGUUGUACAUGAUAGCGAAGCAUAGCAACGAGCAGUCUGCUGAAGGAGAAGGAGUUGAAGUUGUGGCUAAUGAUCCUCAUGAAGACCCUCAGCAUGGACCGGGACAGUAUACAGAAAAACGAAUAUACCUCUUCAGUCGUCUCCCACAGUGGAUUAGAUCUCUUAUUCCCAAAAUCUUCUAUAUAACAGAGAAAGCAUGGAACUAUUAUCCUCACACUACCACAGAAUAUACAUGCUCUUUCCUACCGAGAUUCAUCAUCAAUGUUGAAACAUGUUAUGAGGAUAAUGCAGGAACUAAUGAUAAUGCUUUAAAUCUCAAUGAGGGCCAGCUGAGUGCACGAGAAGUGGAUUUCAUUGACAUCGCCUACGACGAUAUUAGCCCGAAGCAUUACAAAGCAGAGGAGGACUUGAAAACAUGGAAGUCGGAGAUGACUGGAAGAGGCCCUCUUGCACAAGAUUGGAUGAAAAGUGAUUUCCAACCAAUGAUGUGCUCUUACAAGGUGGUUUCAGUCUGCUUCGAGGUCUGGGGUCUCCAAACCAAAGUUGAAGACUACGUCCACCGGGCCAUUCGCGAAAUCCUGCUAGUCGGCCACCGGCAAGCCGUCGCUUGGCUGGAUCAAUGGUUCAACAUGACGGAGAAGGACGUUCGAAAAUACGAAAAUGAAAUGCACACUGUCACCAACGAAAAAGUAUUGCAUCAGCCGACUGUGGUCGCUUCCCCCAUUUCAUCACCAGUAGAUGCCGAUCAGCCAGAAGUGGCUACCCCAACUAGACGUAGUUGGUUUAAUUGGUCGUAGCUGGUGAAGUAUACCUUUAUUUAUUUAUUUGAAGGAAGUCACUUAUCACAUCGCAAAUGUCAUAAUUAUCAAGUUAUCACCCUACUAGUGUAUAGUAUUGUCUGUUGCUGUAAUUGCAUUUGUGUAAACUGUGAAAGCUUUUGUUUGAAAACUUGAGGAAAAAGAGACUCGACGACAAAUUGCCUUUGCUCUGCACUAAAUAUUUACCAAAUGGCUAAAGGUCCAAAGAGCCCGUCUCUCGGAAGUAGGUACGUGAAAUUCCCAAAGAGUAACGUACCAUCAUUCACUCUCGGUUGUGAUUCAAUAAUGAGGCUAACGCACAUAUACUUAUAAGAAUAUGAUGUUGUCAUAGUCCUUGUUUUCAAUGUCCUGGUUACUUGUUGAAUUUUUGAGUUCCUUUCACCAAAAUUUCUUCUAAUUGUUAUUUGUUUUUGGUUGAUUUGAUUUUCCCUUUCUUUUUUGUUCAUGAAUUAAGGUGGUUAGUAUUUUGAACUUUAUUAAUGAUGUAUUGUAUACAUUACGUAUUAUUAUAGCAGUUUCCGAUGUACAAGCCUGUAUGCUUUAAAUCUCUAGGAGCUUAUUGUCUUGAGCGUGUUAACAUUUGUGAAAUGUCAAACAUUCAACUUCGUCGUUCGCUUUCCUUUCGAUUGAACAGCCCGACAUGUGUCUUGCCUUGUUAGCUUUAUUUUUGGAAAAUCAGAAGUGACGUUGCAUUUAUAAUGUUUCCGCUGAUUAAAUUAAUUGAUGUCAUGUAUAAGAGAAAUCAGAAAAGUAUCUAGUUUUAAAUUUCUUUAUUAAUAUUAUUAAGAAAUAAAUAGACAUUAGCAUUAUAAUUGGAACAUGAAAAUGUUUGAUUUAGAUUUGUUUUUGAUUUGGUUUUUGAUUUUGUUUGUAACGUCGAUUGGCAAAAAUUAACAUAAAUACUGUGUGGUGUUCCUUUCAAAACAUGUUCACAAGUUUGAAAAUAGAUACUGGGCAAGUGUA